AUGGCUCUUGCUCGCUGUAUGAGAGAUGUUCACAUCGCUAUUGAAUGGGACUGUACCACUGAUUUUGUUCUACCUUCUGAGAUGUUUUCCAGCAAGACAUUGACAUUGUGGUUGAUGGGAGUGGAGUUCGAGGCACGGGAAAUGACACUUGAAUUUCGACUCGAAGACAUUGAUUCUUACGAGUGGCUUUGUUACACAAUUUCUUCUAACUCGGUAAAGAAGUUAAUUGAAGAUGAAGAUCGUAAUUGGGUUGGGAGAAGCAGAAGACGAGAUAAUGGGAAAGCUGUUAAGAUGCUUGGACAGUGUUUUCCUCUUAAAGGAACCAAUGGCUAUGUUCAAGUCAGGCUAUCAAGACCGAUAAUUCCAGAGGCUGUUACCUUCGAACAUGUCUGUAAGAUCGAGCGCCUCAAAGGAUUGCCGUGUAUCACAGGAUGGCUAGAAAAAGACAAAGAAAUGGAGAGUGAGACAAUGCUCUUUCUUACAGAGUUCAUAUACACAGGUCCAACGGACAUACAUUCAACAUUCCAGAUUCUACUCGCUCGGGACUUGUCAACACUGUCAGGCUAG